GCUUUAUUCUGUUCUACAACACAAUUGCAUUUUAGUUUGUGUUUACGGGUAUAAGAUUUCCAACAUACUUAAAUACUGUUAAACUUGUUUAAUAACAAUUAUUUCCCGAUUUUUACUAUAAGAAAAAGUGAUAAAAACAAAUACGAAACGAUUAUUACAAUAAUUCAUGUCCUUAAAAGUGAAGUGCGUGUUUUACAGGGUCGGUGGAAUUAUGAAGAGUAGUGUAUUUAUCGCUCUUUAGCGAUGUGUGAAUUGAUUAAAUCGAAUUGAUGGUGUUUUUUAUAUAAUACAUGGUGUUUCCGAUAUUGCUAGUUUCGUUUGUAAAACAUAAUUCGAAUCAUAGGGUCCACAAACGAGCAGACGGAUUCUAUCAUGGUCGUAAAACGUGCUGCGGACAGUGCGGACUCACCAAUACUGGAGGAACCCGGUGAGAGCGGCUCCGAACAAAAGCCGAAACCUCUCGUCAAAUAUGGUGAACUAGUUAUACUGGGAUACAAUGGCUUCCUGCCGGCGGGGGAACGUGGAAGACGUCGUAGCAAGUUUGUGCUGUACCGGCGCCCACAGGCGAACGGCGUACGACGUUCCAAGCAUUACGUAGUGAAGACCCCUCAUAGCAGCAAAGCUAUACUCGAUGCCAGCCAGCAUUCUAUCUCGUACACGCUUAGCCGCAGCCAAGCGGUUAUCGUUGAAUAUACAGAGGACCCAGACACAGACAUGUUCCAGAUUGGUAGAUCGUCGGAGCCACCAAUCGACUUCGUGGUUAUGGACACGGUAGCGGGCGACAAAAGUGGCGACACGAAGGUACUCCAGAGUACGAUAUCGCGGUUCGCCUGCAGGAUUAUCGCCGAUCGUAACGACGUCAACAACUGCCGUAUAUACGCGGCGGGCUUCGACUCCUCUAGGAAUAUAUUCUUAGGUGAAAAAGCGACAAAAUGGACUGAGAACCACGAAAUCGACGGCCUCACGACAAAUGGUGUCCUCAUCAUGCAUCCACGAGGUGAUUUUUGCGGCGGAAGCGCGACUUGUGGUCCUUGGCGCGAGACCUCCGUCGGAGGAGCUGUGUUUUCUUUACGAGAGAGCCGAUCGGCACAACAAAAGGGAUUGCCUUGUCAAGCUGAGACUAAUGUUCUAAGAGACGGAACAAUGAUUGAUUUAUGCGGGGCAACACUUCUUUGGAGAAGUGCUGAAGGAUUAAAAAAUUCACCGACGAAACGUGACUUAGAAGCAUUAGUGGACGAAUUAAACGCAGGAAGACCGCAGUGUCCCGUGGGACUCAACACACUCGUUAUACCGCGGAAAUUGUCUUCCGCGCACCAGGACCUAAACCAGCCUUACGUUUAUCUUAACUGUGGACACGUGCAAGGAGAACACUCGUGGGGCGCAGAGGGUAGCGAGACGGGCGCCCGUCGCUGUCCGAUGUGCCUCACCGCGGGGUCGGUGGUCCGCGUGUGUAUGGGCAUCGAGCCCGCUUUCUACGUCGACUCGGGACCACCCACUUACGCCUUCAACCCCUGCGGACAUAUGGCCUCGGAACGAACUGUUAAGUACUGGGCCAGCGUGGACAUCCCGCACGGCACGAACGGCUUCCACGCGAUCUGCCCGUUCUGCGCGGCGCCGCUGCAGGGCACGCCGGGCUACGUGCGGCUCAUCUUCCAGGACAACCUCGACUGAAUCUCGCCCGCUCCCGCGCACAGGUUCGCAGACGGGCCUGAGUCGUGAGGAAGCAGGGUAUAUCUACAACGUGAUAUAAGUAACACAAUAACGUCGACACAUAGGCCGUAGUUAUAUAAACGUAAUAUCCUGUGUUUGUGAGCUUAACUUACGAACAAACAUUUAUUUUUCGCUUCAAUAUGAAACUUUGAAUUGGUUUGUAACUAAACUGAAUUUUCUUUGCAAUAAAAUGUGACACAUGCGUGUAUCGAAGUAAUUUGAGCAUUUUAUAUUAUUUUUUUUUAAUUUUGAUAUAUAUACAUUUUCCGAAACACAUACAAUUCGAUUUAUAUAUACAACGCAAUAUUGAAAAAUAUCAAAUUAUACAUUAUUGCCUUUAAAGCGAAGUCUGUUAUAGUUUAACGGCUUUAUAAACUUUGCUUUGCGUUGCUUAGCGAGUGAUUAGUUGAACAAUGUUGUGUCUUCUUCUUUCAAAUUUCAAAUCAAUAAUGACAAAAAGAGAGGAAUCAGUGUUCAACUAAACAAACGCUAAGCAACGUUUGGAAGUUAGGCCAUUUAUUAUUAAAAUAUAAUUCUACUUGCUAUAACAUUAACUAUAUAAAUUUCUUUAAACAAGUUUUAAUCGGUUAAAUUACUUAUGUACGCAAUAGCAAGCUAUGUAGUAUUAUAUAGCUAUUUUUGGUAUACAAUGUUACGUCAUAGCCGAUGAAAACUUAUUUUUAAGAAAAUUGGGAAACAAAAUGUAAUCGUUGAGAACAGUUCUUCAUAUUAAACGAUGAUGCAAAUAUUAUUUUAUUAAUUAAAAUAAAAUACGAGAAUGUAUUAAUUAGCGUCUGCAUAUUUAUUAUAAGAAUAAAUUGUUUGUCUAUUGUUUUUUUUUUUAAUUUCAUGUAAAUUACAAUGACAGAGGAAAUAAAGUGACGAGAAAACAUUAAAAGCUUUGUAAAUUGCUGAAUUAAUUUUACGUUUGAAUCGAUCGAAGUGAUUAAGUCUUAUUAACGGACAGCAUAUUCUUUCUAUACAUUCAUUCAUUUGUAAAGUUAUAUUCAUUGGCAAUACACAUUUUAGUUGAUUUUUUAUAUAUAUAUAUAUAAUAAAGCAGUGAUUUAUAUUUAAUUUUGAUUUCGAAUAAAAUAAUAAUUGACUAAGAUAAAUGAAAUGUAAAUAUAUGUCAGAUUAAUUUAUGUUGGGGUUUAGUAGCGUGUGGCGUGCUUCGUAGUUGUAAGCGAGCCUGUUAGCUGUAGCCGUUACGCCGACCUGAGUAUAAUAUGUUUCUAGUUGUUGGCUUCGUGUAAAGACGAAUAAAUCGUUAUAUUAAGUUGUAUUCACAAUCAUAUUUGCACACAUUUCAUUUCAGAUUUAGCAAUACCGAGUUAUCUCAACUGAUACCUUUUUUAUAAGAAAAAGGAGUACUUAGUUGUUACGAAAUAAUAAGUGAUUUUUUUAGCGAAUUCCGUUCACUCUGAUCUCACAGUAGUUUCGAAAAAUUAAGUUAACAAAUGUAUGCACGAGCUCGCGUGUCGCGAUCUAUUCGUAUUCGCCGAUUAUUAUAUCGGUAGGAUUGUAAAAAUAAUGUAAGUUUUAUAGACGUAGUGAAAUUAGCUUACGAAAUUCGAAAAAUUUAGUUUUUGUACAAUUUGAAUCCACUAGUUAGUGAUCACACAACAUGCCUUCGAGUUAACGUCGCAAGAUAUGUAUAUGUCUGUUAUAGUGAGAGCUCAUAUUAUUAACUGUAUGCAGAAAUAAUCAUUAAUUUAGAAAUAAACGAGUUUGAAAUGAAAUUGAAUUAAUUAUUUAUAAAUAUAAAAAAAAAAUAUGAUCGUCUGUUACAUAAUCUAUGGACCUAUUGAUUUAUGAAAUGGCUUAUAAUAUUUAUAAUAACGAUAUUUGUAAAUGUGAUUAUCGUAACAAAAGUAAUAUCAUAUUUUAUUUUAGAAUGUUUCUAUGAAUAUUCGUUUCGACUUGUGACAAUAUAAUCAGCCGUCGGACAAGACAAGUUAUCGUACGCUGACGUGGAUGGCGAAAGCCCUGUAGCUUCUAAUAAUAUUUAUGCUUUGGUAUGUGUUGUAUAUUGCGUUGCACCGCAGACGUGUUUCGGUAUAAUUAGCAUUAUUUUUAUUAGAAUGACAUGUUAAAGUAUGCACUGCAAGGUUGUAACGCAAAAGUGACACGUGAAGUACAUGCGAGAUACACCACAGGUGUACCGUUUCGUUUCGGUGUCGAUAUGUCCGUGUUAACUUUUACGUUGCAACCGCGCAUCUCGUGCUGGGAGUGUAGCGACGCUUAGAUCGUCCUCUAGUGCGUCCUAUUUUCGUUAUAUAAUACGAAUCUAGUUUUUGGAGCACUAAGAAACGAUUGUUCUAACGUUUGUCUAAAUAAGAACUGAAUGCUAGCCUUAAUUUUAUUUAUAAUAAGUGCUAGGUUAAUAAAAAUGCUCUUUUGAGUUAGAAAAUUGA